AUGAGUUUACUAACGAAAAGAUGGUCAUCUUCUACACAUUCUGGGAAACAUUUAGUUAAGCAACAAUUAUUCAAAGAUGCAAUGGGUAAAAUGGCUAGUCAAGCAAUGAUUAUAUCUUCUGCCUGCAAUGAUAAUUUACCGCAUUCUUCAUUUAGGGGUUUAACUGCUUCAUCAGUUUCAUCUUUGGCUUUAAAACCAUCGCCAAUGAUUCAAUUUAAUAUUCAAUUACCUUCAUUUACUUCUGAUUUUCUACAUAAGUAUUCAAUGUUUGCUGUUCAUUUGUUGAAACCAAAUCCAGUAUCAAUUGAGCUAGCCAAAACUUUCAGUCAAGGUGCUACGACUUUAAAACAUUCAAACGUCGUUGUUCCAACUAAACCGUUUGCUACAUUAAAAGAAGAUAUAGAUUAUGAAACAUUAUCUAUUAGAGGUACAGAUUUAGUUAUUCCAAUUUUGAAAAAUUCUGAAUAUGUAUUGCUUUGCAAGAAGAAAGAUGUAUUCCGUGUUGGUGAUCAUGAGAUUUGGGUUGGUAAUGUAGAAGAUAUUUUAGUUAAUGACCAGGAUUCCACUGGUGGAGUGUUGUAUUACAACAGAAAUUUCCAUAAGCUUGGAGGUGUGAUUCCUCAUAAUGAGAUUAAGAAUUAG